GCAGUGUGCAAGUGUGCAUAUCUUCAGAACUGUGCUUGAUUUAGAAUCUGAUAAUUCAUUUGUUUUCUCUACUCUGUUUCAAUGAUUGUUUGAAUGUACAAAUACCCUAACUUCUUUUUGUAAAAUAUUUAAUAAAUAGCACUGAAUGAACAAGUAGAGGGAAAAGAGGAGCUUUUACACUACUUUCCCAAUGUGUAGUAAUGUCAGUUAAGAGUUAACUUAUGCCUUAUCGAGUUGCAUUGAAGACAGUAGCAUCAGCGUCUCCUAGCUGUGCUGAGAAACGAGCGUUAAGCCUUAUGACUCCAACUGUAAGUAGGCUUCCACAGUUCAGUAAUUCAGCUGUCUAUGGACUGGUCUAAAUUGCUAUCAGCUGGUGCUGAAACCUGAGUACAAUCUUUUGCUGCUUGUGGAAAAGAUUUAAAUAAGCUUUUCUUUCUAUUAGCUUUCUUACUAGCAUUAUUGGAAGGGGGAGUUCUGCAGUUACAUCAGUGAAUCAAGUCAUAAAUAUAAGCUGUACCUGGCUAAAAGUAGUUCUAGAAAAUCAGGAAUCGCCAAAAUUUUCCACUGAGAAUCUUUAGAUUUAUAGUUGCCAACAGGGCACGAGGAGAUCUUUUGUAUAUAAUGUUUGAGCACUGUCUAAAUGAAGCAGCUCUCUUUCUGCAGGAAGUAGUAUGUAUACAGAGCACGAAAUCCUGUGCUUCCGUAGCUUCGUUUGUUUUUAUUAACCUAAAAACUGCAACAGUAAAACUUUUUAAAAAGUAAGCAAACUAACUGAUUGUUUUAAGCUGGAAAUUUUUUCUUAGUAUUUUGAUAUUUUCUACCUCUUAAGAAAUAAAUGACAUAUUUAAGAUCUUAUAUUUAAAAAAUGACCAUCUGCCUUAUGGAGAAAUGUAUGGAAUCGUUGAUCUUCCUCUGUUUGUUUGUUAUAUUCAGAUAAACGUUCAAGUGUCUUGCACUAAAUCAGUUGCAUCUCUUUCCUGUAAUUUUAUACAUUCGGAUAGAUUUGCGAAAGCACUAAGUCUCUGAUUAAAAUAUAACAGGAAAAAAAUGUAGCAGAAGUCUUGCUUUGAGUCAAGAUUAUAGUAAUGGGCAGUAUCUUUUUUUCCAUGAAAUCACAAUGCUUUGUUCAUUAACAGGAUAAUUUGCAUUCCAACCUAUCUGCAGUUCAAGCCUGACUCAUGAUUCUUCAAAUCUGUUCUGUGUAUCUGUGACUCUCUGUCAUCAACACGGAUUUCAGGUGCAGAUCAAUGUCCACCACCACUCUUUUUUCUUACAUACCAUUUCAAAAAAAUAAACCCUGUCUGUGAUAAACAUUGUUAACGUGAACUAUGACUGGAACAUCUGGACAGUGCAUGGGUAAGAGUGAUUGUUAGAAGGACAAGUAGCUUAGAAAAGCUUACAGCUUACUGUGUGCUGCUUUGUUGUAAAGAAAACCCAUCAAAAUUGAUCAAUAUAAUACUUGUAACAUGAAGUAAAUACUAUGAAAACUUCCAUUUUAAACCAAAUCUGUGGUAUCAAUUUAGAUGUAUAUUUAAGUUUUGCUUUCUGCUACCUUGAAGCUUCACUGUGUCCCAGGCAGAUGAAUGUUUUCUCACUGUUACUCACUUUGCUCAGGAACUCUGGGCUCAGUAUCAUUUCUGUAAUUUAUCACCAAAAAUGUUAGUAUAUUUUCUUAUACUUAAUGUGUCUUUUAAAAACUCAGCUAGCACUCCAGCAGCUUGCAACAAGGCAUGUUUCAAGUCAGCAUGAAAACAGAAUCUGGGCUUUUAUUCAGAAGGGAAUCUUAACCUUUGGGAGCUGUUUGGCUUUUCAAGGAAAAUGAAGAUCUCUUCAUGACUUGAAUCUUUCUUGUUUUAUUCUUGUAUUACCAAACUUGACACAGAAGUGAGUGGAUAUUUGUAAUUAUCCUUGUUGUUUGCAAUUACCAUCUAUAACUAAUAAUUACAUGCAUUUAACAACAAAGGAUGGUAAGAGAAAGGAGUGUAAAAAUGCUUUUGAGAAAAGGAGUAACAUUUGUGAUGGAUGCAUUGAACUUCUCAUUGUCAUAUUUGGCAGCUGUUGUGAUUAUUGUCUGAUCUGAUUGCUGGUUUGCAUUUUCUGUGAAUGGAGUGGAUUUCCCCAUACUUUGUCAUAUGAACUAAUAGUUAAUAGCAUUCAAAUAAAGGGGCUAGGGACAAAGUUAACAAACUGUAAUGCAUUAAAGUCUGUGGGUGUUCAACAAAACUCAUCUCAUUUUGAUGCUUGAGUCACAAUUUUUGAGAAAUCCAACUGGCAUUGUUUUCCUGUAUCUUACAGUCUGAAAUGUUUAAAAGACACUUAGUUAAAGACAAGGAGCAGUGAACUGGGAAGUGCCUUACAGAAAAUUUUAGCAAAAUUCCCUUAUCAAGAAGGCAAACAUCAGAAUUUCACUAUUUUCUUCAGUAAAAUAAUGCCCAAGAUUAUGCUAGGCUUUUAUCUGGUGUAACCAAUGGUGAAUGAUCCUCUGGCCAAUAUUUCCAGCUGCAGUAUAGUUGUCCCUGCCUAUGUUUGUAUGAAAGAGUUGGGUUUAAUUGCUGAGCUUCUGUCAGCUAUAUAUUAAGAAUUGGAAAGAAAUUGUCUUGAUGUUAUUUCUGUGUAUUUCUGUUUAAAAAUAUAUUAAUCAUUCACAAACUUUAAUAUACUCUAUAGUUAUUCUUGGUGAAAUAUGAAAUUUGGUUUUCCCCAGAUAACUUCCAUUUUCUUUCAGCAAUGCACUAGGAGAUCUGUUGUGUUUAGUAACUGACAUUUCUACCCUGAGUGGUAGAAAUAAAGUAUUAGAUGACUGACUGCUUUCUUUCCUGCACAGCAGUGAUUCCCAAACUGUACCGCUCAGUGCAUCAAUCUUAAGAUUUCCUGAGGACCAUUGCCUCCUGUUUUAACACUUACUUGAUGACUUUGUAAGCAUUACUUAAGAUACUGUGGGGGGACAGUUUGAGCACUACUCAUCUAGCUCUUUCCUUCUCUGUGCACCCCUUCACAGAGCAAAAAGCUUACUACAAAUUUACAUCUACGUAAUGGAACAGCUCAUGCCUUCAAGUGUUACGACACUGACUCAGUUUUCAAAUUGCACAGCAAAGAGAGAAAAGAUCAUGGGGAAAUAGUGUUUAGAGAGACAGAAACCCACAGCUGUACUUCCAGAUUUACAGGCUUGAACAUUUUGUGCAAAGUUUGGUAUUAAAAAACAACAGUUUAACUUGUUUAGGACACUACUCUUGGUAGUACAAAGUGCUGUAUAGUCUGAGUGGAUGUAGUGUGUGCCAUUCAUCAUUGCAUUCUUUUUUAAUCUUUCCUCUCUGAUAUAUGCUUUGGGUUAAUUUGCCUGUAUUAAUUUAUUUUUUGGGUGCUUUUGAAGUACAGAUCCAGUCAAGUACUUAGGUUCUUCAUACAGAGCUUGGAUAAUCUACAUUUAUGCAUGACUUGUACUCCUUUGAAGGAUCUGAAGCUGGCUCUUGGGGGAGAUGGUGGUUGCAGACACCAUCUAUUAUUAUUUGGCAGCUUACUGGUUAGUGUCCCUGCAAGAGUUCCAGGCUGUUGAGAUGAGGUCAUUGGACAGAAAGGAACACAAAGGAAUAUACAACCAGAGGCAGCUAUGGGGCUAGGGCUGUUCUUAAAUUAAAAAAUGAAAUACCUGCCCUUCAAUUUCCCUCAGCUGUUUAGACUGCUUUUAGGUCCCUCACAUCUAAAGGUCCUUAUUCAGUGUCCUAUUUUCUCUUUAUUAAAAAGAAAAUCCUGGAAAGUAGUAGAACGUCCCAUUCUGACAAGCUUUUAAAUGACAAAACAGUUACUUUUUUCCUAUAAACAUCGUGGCCUAUUUCUGUACUUUUCCCUUGGCUGCAAACAGGACUUUCGCAGGCUGGCACUCUGGUGUCAGACCACAGCCUGGUAACGGUGCAGCUACAUCUGCUCAGUGUACUCCGAGUUAAUGUGCUUGCAUCUUCUUUUGUGUAAAUCUGUUCUAUUACGUCUCUGGAUGAUCAACUUUUCAGAGCUGAAAAUUUUGUUUUGUUCAGUUUUUGUAUGUAACUCCUAGGAAGCGGGGGCAUGCUGAAGAGGAAUACAAAACCUGGACUGCCACACCUACGUAAGAGUGAAGGGUGAAAUCCAUCUUCACAUAACUGAGUACAGCCUGUAUGAGCUGGAGUGGGAGGUGCUAUUCAAAGGAGUGAUGCUCAAAUGGAAGGCUCUUUAGAUUAGGCUGUAAAUGAUUCACCAAGAUGUUUGCAAAAGCAACAAGGAAUUUUGUGAGAGAAACGGACAGCGGAGGUGACUUGAUCCCUGUUUCCCAUUUGAACGCCUCAGACAAGCUGCAGCUUCUGAGCUUAGUUACAAAGAGGAAGAAAUUCUGGUGCUGGCAGAAGCCCAAGUAUCAUUUCUUGGCAGUCUCGUUGAGUGAUGUGCUUACUGAAGACAAACCUAUAAAACCAGUAAUUGUGGAAUCUGACUUUGCAAAAUAUAUGGGGAAAUUUGAAGAUGUUGUCCAAGGAAGUAUUGAAACUUCAUUUGGAAAGAUCAGCCUGGGAGCCGGAGCAAAGGGCUGUGUGGAAAGCCAGUCGUCCUUUGGGAACCUGAGGAAACAAGAGGUUGACUUGCAGCAGCUUAUGAAAGACGUCAAGGACAGAAUGAUAAAUUUAAAUAGUAGUUUACUGCAACAAGUAAUAGAACGAAAGCGUGAAGUACUGUGCAUCUUGAGGGAGAAGAUAAUAACAACACAGAGGUGUACAAUAUCUGAACAUAUCCAGACAGAAGAAAAAGUCAGCGGUCUGCUGGGAUGCAGUACGAAGAUAGUGCAGGUUUCAGUGAGUGACAGUGGAAGUAUGAUGAAGGAUUCCAGCGUGAUUCUCGAGAUUCCUCCUGCAACCACUAUUGCCUAUGGUGUAAUUGAACUGUUUAUAAAGUGUGAUGGGCAGUUUGAAUUCUGUCUGCUAGAUGAACAGCAAGGAGGUUUUGAAAGAGAAAGCUCAGAAGGUUCGACGUCACCCCACUCAGUGCUGUUCAGAGACACUUCGUUCCUGUAUCACCCAGAUGCUGUUGAUAAUGGGAUGCGCUCUGGGGCUGACAGCCCCAUUCCCAGCCACGCUUCUUUAAGUGUGUUGAAAGAAGGUCUGUCACAGCUGAAGGCUCAGUUCCAACCCUUUGUGAAGCUGCCAGAAGACAAGCAAAGAGCUUUAUAUAAAAGUCUGUGCGAACUCCUGCUGCAUGAAGAAACAUUAACUGCCCUGGAAGAUGUGUUAGAUGCUCUGUGUGCAGGAGACAAGCCAGACCUGAAGGAGUUAAAACCUGCACAGCAGCAGGACCUGGCUGACUUCCUCCAGCUGGUGGGGUGCAGUGUACAGGAUGAGCUAUUGUUGCAGAAUUAUCAGCUUCAAGAUGAAGAACUGCUCUCAGCUGUUCACCUCCUCAUCAGUGCUAUCUCUGAGCUGUCUGAUUACACUCUUGUCCUGCUGCGUGCCUGCUCUGAUCUACAGGUUGUUCCGGCGUUGUGUUGCUUGCCUUACAUCGCUUCAGCUGAUGGCACUUUGGCACUGAGCAGUCCUUUGGUGGCAACUCUCACUGACACAGGAAGAUUUGAUGUCGUGCAAAGGCUUUUUGCUUCAACGAACAUUAAUUUGGAGAAGACAGAGUCUUCUGUAAAAGCUGUAACUAUGAGAGAACCCAGAUUCUUCCCACUUGUUCUUUAUGUUGCGCUUUGCGGGCUUCACAGUUUGAGUGGGGCUGUAGAGGAGCUUUUCUGAGCACUUACUGCCCUCCCUGUUCUUCCUUGUGUAGCUUUGCAGUGUAGCGCUGAUGCUUGUGAGCAUGUGAGAGCCCUGGGGUUGAGUUCUCAGAGCACUGAAGGCAGGUGUCACAGGGCAGCACAGGCAAGGAGUGAGCACACUGCUGCUCUGCAGCUCCACUAAGGUUUGUCUGCAGUGGAAAAUACAUAAAUAAGUAAAUAAGGGAUGCAGGGGAAGAAGGAAAAAAAAGAUGAGCCUGGAAGAGAAAUUGAACAUAGCUGUUCUGAUAGUUGUCAGAACUGCAGAGCAGUGGAAGCCUGAUUGCUUGCAUUAAUAUGCGUGGGAGAAAACUGCAAAGUACAAACUGCUUUUUGUAAGCAAGCGAGCAAAAAGGCUGUGGAAAUGUAGCAUUGUGCAAUGCAGUACGUGCUUUGCUCACUCAAGACCUGACAUGCAGAAUACCUUCACUCUGGAGGAUGUGAAGUGGAGGGCACUUCAUUAGGUUUUUCUUCAUUAAGUGUAGUUUGGCUUUAUGGAUGUGAGCUGCACACUGCAGGAAAUAAUGAACUCUUUUUUUUUUUUUUUUUUUUUUUCCAAAACUGAGACCACCUUAGGGAUUUCUACCUCUUUUCCAAUAAGUUUUUACUAAGCUUAGCAAGUUUCAGCUGCUUACAUUGUAUUUUGAACUUUCUCUUUGAGAUACGGUGAUGCCUUCUGGUAUGUGCAUAGCAGAAGUCCUUGCUGCACUCCACAAAGCAAUCAUUUUACCCAUGUGACACUGUCAGUGUUUUGCUUGUGUCUUUCAUUAACAGCAGAGCUUUAUAGUACAGUUAAUGUAAAGCACUUUGUGCUUUGAACUGUUCUGCCUUUUUUUGACCAUAAUUUUCUGUGAUCAUGGAAAUGGGACAGAAGUGCAGGAGAGAUCACUGUAAAUGCAGGAAGCUGUUCCAAUGAAGCAGGCUCUUGGUGCUCUUAGCCAGCACUGAGGGAUGGUUGACAGUUAGGCACCUGGAAGGAGAGGUGCUCAGACUGAGGUGGUGGUGUUUCAGUGUCUCAUUUGUAAUGUGAGUGUGAAGUGAAGCUGAUGGUUUUGGCCCAACGCUGCACUGGUGCGUACGGAAAUGCCCUGAGAGCACCUUACCCUGCUUGUGUGAGUUGUGUGUCUGUACAUGGGAAGGUUUGCUUUUGCCAACUGCUCGUAAGCAAGUUGCCUCUGUAAUUGUUUUAUCAGAAUUUUGUAUUUAAUGUCAUGGAUGUCAGGACAGUAGAAUAAUUUUAAAAGUCAA